AUGACAACAGAAACAGAGGUGAGAGAAUUCAUCCUGCUAGGACUAACCAAUGCCCCAGAACUGCAGGUCCCCCUCUUUAUAAUGUUCACCCUCAUCUACCUCAACACUGUGAUUGGGAACCUGGGGAUAAUCAUGUUGAUCCUUCUGGACUCUCGUCUCCACACUCCUAUGUACUUUUUCCUCUGUAACCUGUCUCUGGUGGAUUUGUGUUACUCCUCAACAAUAACUCCAAAGGUGAUGGCUGGGUUUCUAACAGGAGACAAAGUCAUCUCCUACAACGCCUGUGCUACUCAGAUGUUCUUUUUUAUAGUCUUUGCCACUGUGGAAAAUUACCUCUUGGCCUCAAUGGCCUAUGAUCGCUACACAGCAGUGUGUAAACCCCUACAUUACACCACCACCAUGACAACAGUUGUCUGUGCUUGUAUGGCCAUAGGCUGCUAUACCCUUGGCUUUCUGAAUGCUUCUAUUAAUGUUGGAGACACAUUCUGCCUCUCUUUUUGUUUGUCCAAUGUGAUCCAUCACUUUUUUUGUGAUGUUCCAGCAGUCAUGAUUCUGACUUGCUCUGGUAAACAUAUCGGUGAACUGAUUCUUAUUCUUAUUUCAAGUUUUAAUGUCUUUCUUGCACUUUUUGUUAUCUUGAUUUCCUAUCUCUUUAUAUUUCUUACUAUUUCAAAGAUGCACUCAAGACAGAGAUAUCAGAAGGCUUUGUCUACCUGUGCUUCUCACCUUAUUACAGUUUCCAUAUUUUAUGGGACUGUCACAAUUAUGUACUUACAGCCAAGUUCCAGUCAUUCCAUGGACACAGGCAGAAUCGCAUCUGUGUUCUAUUCUAUGGUCAUCCCCAUGCUGAACCCUCUGGUCUACAGCCUGAGGAACAAAGAGGUCAAGAGUGCAUUUAAGAAGGUUGUUGAGAAGGCAAAAUUGUCUGUUUCAUAA